AUGGAGAAGGGAGCUGCGCUGCGUCUUACGCUGAUCAUCAUGGCCGAGGCUCUCGCGUCCCAGUCCAUGGCAAACCCCGUGGAAUGCCGAGAGAGCGAAUACCUGGACAAUCACGGCAAAUGCAGCCCCUGCAAGGAGUGUGGCCCGGGAUUCGAACUUUCCAAGGAGUGUGGCUAUGGGGAAGGAAGAGAGGCCGGGUGCAGCCCAUGCCAGCCCAGGAGGUUCAAGGACAGCUGGGGAGUGCACGGCUGCAAGUCCUGCCUCUCCUGCGCACUGAUUAACCGGGCCCAGAAGUCCAACUGCAGCGCAACCUCCGAUGCCACCUGUGGAGGCUGCUUCCCCGGCUUCUACAGUAAAACUCAGAUUGGUGGAUUCCAGGACCUUGAAUGUGUACCCUGCACAAAGCAGACCCCAUCCUCUGAACAACAGUGCCUCUCUAGAAUUGGCUUAGAAGAAAGUUCCACGGAUCCUGUCCAAGACCCGGCUCUGGUGGUGCUCACGAGCAGUGCCCUGGUGCUCCUGGUGCUGGUCCUUCUGACGGUCGCCAUUCUCUACUGCCAACAGUUCUGGAAGAGCCAGUGCCAGCAUGGCCCUGUCAGAGCUCUUCAGUUGAUCCCAGGUGUGGACGUUUCUGGAUCUCACCUCCCCCAUCCACAGCCUGAUACGGAUUCGUCCAAACUGAUGAUAGCCACUUCCAAGAACCCUCCAGCCAGGAGCCCCUUGGAGACACGGCCCCUGAUUGGGGCUUCUGGGCUCCAAAGCUACUCCUUCCCUGGGGGCUUUUCCGAGUGCAGAGAGGCCCGCAGCAGAGGCCCUGAUGGCCCAGCCCAGCCCUCUUCCUGCGCCAGGGAAUCGCAGCAUUGCUGGCCUCACACCCCGGUGGAAUGCACUGAGCUGGAUCUGCAGGCCUUCUCUGCCUGGGCCGGGAAGGGGACGGCCAAGACCGAAACUCCAGAGGAGUAUCUCCACUAG